GUGUGGACAUGCGAUUUGAUUCCGUCGGCCAUAGACAUUCGUCGUCGUGACAUGUUCGUUUUAUGCCACGUUGACGUCGAUUUUCGCAUUCUUGUCCGGACACCGUAGGUGCCGUAGGUGGGGUGUCUUAAGAUAGACUUCUCGUCCUCGCUUCAUCACAUGCAUCUUCGAGCUACGAAACAAACGCGCAUGUAGACGUAGAUCUAGACGUGAACAGGGUCCUUUCUCGAUUACUUACGGAAGAGAACAUUGUUUUCCAAAAGAAAGAUAAUUUUUUUUUUUUUGUGAUACAAUAACUCUUCGUAAUUUGAUUCUGCUCAUCGGUGGUGCGUUCUUUAUGAUUGCAUCGAUUACAGAAAUUGGCACGUGUCGAGUGUUGCUUUAGAAGUGUACUUCAAAUGGUAACAUUAACGAAUGAUUAUUUUUGCACGUGGUACAAGUGAUGCUUAUACUUCUACAAAGAUUUAAUAGUGUGUUUGCGCGUGUUUAUCAAGAAUAUAUAUUAAAAGGGUGAAGAGAGAGAGAGAGAGAGAGAGAGAGAAGAGCUUUUAUGGAAACGAGAAUGGGAAAUACUAAUAGUUCUCACGACGUAGAAAUGAGCUCGCUGUCGGUAGUGGAAGACGAUCGUCUCCACAUUGGGAAAACGCCAAUGCGCCCGAUGAUAGCGGAAUACGAGCCAAAGACGCAUGGUGUGAAAACAGAACUCUCAGAUGUGAUGCUUGUCAAAUACAAAUGCGAGAAAAAUGACGUGCCCAUUACGGUCACAAAUGGCUCGACCUUGCCACUCGUGGAGCGACCGACCGAUGAAGAAGCCGAUCUUUACAACCCAUUUGAACAUCGCAAACUUGUCCAUCCUACCUCGGACCUCGACACGCUUAUACAUCUGCUCAAGGGAAGCCUGGGCACAGGCAUACUCGCGAUGCCGAUGGCUUUUCGCAAUGCCGGUCUUAUUUUUGGACUUUUUGCCACAUUUUUUAUCGGUGCAGUUUGCACAUACUGCGUUCACAUAUUGGUUAAAUGCGCCCACGUCCUGUGCAGGCGGUUGCAGACACCUAGUCUCGGCUUCGCUGAUGUAGCAGAGGCAGCUUUCCUAGUAGGACCCGAGCCUAUUCAAAAAUACGCCAGACUUGCUAAAGCAACGAUUAAUUCGUUCCUGGUGAUUGAUCUGAUCGGUUGCUGCUGUGUGUACAUUGUCUUCAUCUCAACUAACGUUAAGGAGGUCGUAGACUAUUACACGGAAACAGACAAGGAUCUACGGAUGUACAUGGCAAUGCUUCUACCGCUGCUCAUUAUUUUUUCUCUUGUGAGAAAUCUUAAAUAUCUUGCGCCAUUUUCGAUGGUAGCGAACAUGUUGAUUGCCACCGGUAUGGGUAUUACCUUCUAUUACAUCCUUCAGGAUCUGCCCACCAUCGGUGAUGUUCCAAGUUUUUCUAGUUGGUCUCAGCUGCCCAUGUUUUUUGGCACUGCUAUUUUUGCCCUCGAAGGCAUCGGUGUUGUCAUGCCGCUAGAGAAUAAUAUGAGGACACCAUCGCAUUUCAUUGGCUGUCCGGGUGUCCUCAACACUGGCAUGUUUGUUGUCGUAUUGCUAUACAGCACUGUCGGUUUCUUCGGUUAUUGGAAAUAUGGCGAGAACACCAAGGCCUCUAUAACACUUAAUCCCCCGCAGAAUGAGAUACUAUCACAAUCCGCCAAAUUAAUGAUCGCUGUUGCAAUUUUUCUUACUUACGGACUUCAGUUUUAUGUGCCUAUGGAAAUUAUCUGGAAGAAUACAAAGCAGUAUUUCGGCUCUCGACGAUUGUUGGGCGAAUAUUUUCUCCGCAUUUUAUUGGUAAUCUUCACCGUUUGCGUAGCCAUCGCUAUUCCUAAUCUGGGCCCGUUUAUCUCCCUUGUCGGAGCUGUAUGCCUAUCCACAUUGGGUCUCAUGUUUCCAUCGGUGAUCGAUCUGGUGACUGUCUGGGAACUGGAGAACGGUCUCGGCAAAUGGAACUGGCGGCUGUGGAAGAAUAUCGCCAUCAUUGCCUUCGGUGUUUUGGGCUUCGUUACCGGCACAUAUGUCAGUAUACAAGAGAUUGGUCCAACCACUCGUGAAUGUUGCUCGUCGUCUGAUACUAUUUACACGAUGAAUACGUGCUAGACGCCUCUCGCGUGGACAAGGAACAGUAUCACUUUCGAGUUUUUACAUUCUUUCUAUAGCGUAAUGACUAUGACAAUAAUAACGAAGAUGACGACAAUGACGACGAAGACAUGAAAGAAGUUUUCACAUGGUCGAAUUCUCAUUUAUCAUUAUUUUAAUAAUAGUCAGGUUCAUAUUAUCGAUGUACACGUAUCGUGUAUAAUUGGCGAUAUAAAAUCAAUCAAGGGAAUUCGAAAAAUGACCAUAUCACAUACUCUCGAUAAUAAAUAAUUAUCGUCACUCUCGCGCGAAUAUCACGUAAAAUCAUUAUUAUUUAUAGCAGGAUAAACGCCAUUGUAUUAGGUUGGCGUAAAAGAUGUAAUAUUUGUCGACUAAAGUUGAAAAAAAAAUUACAUAGUUUCAAAAGAGUAAUAAAUUUUAUUAAUUAAAAUAAUUACAUUAUUGAUGUGAGAAGACAGAAAAGAGUAUUAAUAUAUUGUAUAUUUUAUCUAUUAUAAGAAACUGUUCAAUCUUCCUUUUCAAACUCCUUAAAAAGAAUCCGGAUUGCUAUUUUUAUUUAAAAUACUUAGUAAUAAAACGACAAAUCUUUAGCGCCAACUUAAUGCUUAUAACAAUGAUCUUUUAGGAACAGGAUCUUUAAACUAAUUGUUGUGUAUUUGACGAAUUUUUAUAUGUAUAGUAUAGCAGAAUUAAAUCUAAAUAUUUAUCAUGGUUCCGGUCUCCAAAAGAGAGUCCCAAUUUGAUCGUUAAUUAUAAAUGCAUGUUUACAUAUUUUUUUUGUAAUAUUCUUCAUUUUAUUUAAUCAUGUCAUAUCAGUUAUAUGAGCGCCCUUUUUUGCAGACAUUACAACUGCGGGACGGUUUUCUAGAAUAAUAUGAUGUUUUCUAGAAUUCUGAAAUUAGAAAUUUAAAUUUCCAUUAUGAUUGAAAUGAAUAUUCCACUACUGCAUUGUUUAUUAUUUUUACCGUGUUGUAUAUCAAUAGUAUGUUAAGCGAAGAGUCAAUUUCCUAGUCUUCUACAAAGUUGAUUCGACAAUCUCGAUAUUUUCUAUCUGCCUCUGUCAUAAAAGUUCAUUGCGACACGCAAAUAUAUGUAUAUCUAAGACCUCCGCCAUGAGGAAUUGAUUUGUAAAAUACUGCGUUUUGCGACAGAAUGUCGAUUAAGUAUCACAUCGAUUUUCUUCAGAUGUUGUGUAUCAGUAUUUGACUUUAAGAAAAAUCAAAUUUUCAUUUACAUUCUGAUUAUUGCUGUUGAAAUCAAUCUAUUGCACAGUAUGUAUUGAUUUAUUGAAAAUUAUAUACUUUCAACUCUAAAAUAAAACAAAAAAUACUUUUUUCACACACACAUACGCGCGCACAUAUACAUUUCUCGAAUUUGAAAUCAAUUUUUGAAAUAUUAUUGAAAACCAAUUUUCUUUCAAACAAAUCUUGUAUAAAAAUAUCUUAUUUUAUUUUUAAUAUAAAAAAUUGUAUUAUUUGUUUUUUUAAUAAGAUAAGUAUUUUUCUGGUAAUGCUUAUUAGCAGCUAAUUCCAGAAAUUAUGAUCAGAAGAACUGGUUUCUUCGGAUGUAAUGAUUGAUCGGCGUGAUUCUGCUGCAAACCGCUGCUCUGUUCCUAGUGCAUGAUAUGCACAAAAUCGUACAAAAAAAAAAA